AUGAGGAACAUACAGGCACAUCAAAAGAGUCCUGAAGCAUCCAGGGGCAUUGGAGAAAUUAAUACUAUGCUCCCUGAGAUGUAUAAAAAGUUUGAGAGACAUAAUUCCUGGUGCGGCGGGGCAGUCGAGGGGGGCGGGCGGGCGGGUGGUCGCAGGAGAGGCGGCGGCGCUAGGGAGUGGGAGCAGGAGCGGCCCGCAGCGGCCGCUGGGGCCGGACCAGGGGCGGAGGAGGCGGCCUCGGCUGAGAAAUCGCAGCCCGGGAGCUCCGGCGACGUGAACUCCAACAUGGAGAACCUGCCCCCCCCUCCCCCCCGCCCCCAUCAUCCGUCUGGCAAGGAGGUCAAGACAUUCAGCUCGGACCCCCAUGAUGGCAUCAAGGUCUUUCCCAAAGAGGAAAAGUCUCACGGACUUUCAGGUCACCAUCAAAGGCCAGAGGAGACCCCCUAUGCAGAAGGCUUGUCCCGAAUUAAGCUGCUCUUGGGCAAGGACUUUCCCACUCCACUCCAGGGCUUCUUCCUCACCAAGAUCUUCCACCCCAACGUGGGGGCCAACGGCGAGAUCUGUGUCAACGUGCUCAAAAGAGACUGGGCGGCCGAGCUGGGCAUCCACCACGUGCUGUUGACUAUCAAGUCUCUGAUCCACCCGAACCCCAAGUCGGUGCUGAAUGAGGAGGCUGGCCGAUUGCUCCUGGAGGACUAUGAGCAGUCCGCAGCUCGAAGACCUACCAGAAGCAGACUCUUCGGAGGCUUACCCUCUGCCCCCUUUUCUGCCACUCACUAUGGAAUUAUGUAUGGGAGAUCAUAA